AUGCAGUGCAUCUCAUUUUCUGCGAUGCCUGCAACUCAGGAGACGCCGAGGAAAGACAAGAUACCAAGAUUGGGACGAAACUCUUCGUUUCCGCUAAAGUUACACCAACUGUUGUGCUACGCAACGGCAAACAACUUGGAGGAUAUUAUCUGCUGGUCUGGUGACGGCAAAGGGUUUCAUGUGUUGGAUCCCAAUGAGCUAAUGAAGCGAAUUGCGCCUCUUUUCUUUCCCAACCAAGCAAGGUUCCGUUCAUUUGAAAGGAUGCUCAACAUUUGGGGAUUCCAAAGGGAGAGUGCUCCUAGGAAAACAAAAAGUUUCUGGUGCAAUCCUAAUUUUCAGCGCCAUCGGUCAGACCUAUGUCGAUACAUGACGCGGAUUGAAAACAAGGGAACCAAAAAACGAAUACCCACAGGACCAAGCAGCUAUGGCUUUGUGAAAACCAAAGUACAAAACUCGCAGAAACAAGUGAGAAAACUGCACUCGGCUCUCAAGUUCCUUUCUGAUGAGACGACAUUGGAAAAAGAGGAGCAUUGCCAAAGCUUGACACAAAGCAAGGGCACCAAGACACGAUUACCUCUCAAGAAACGAGAAAUGCUCUCGGGAGAGCAAGGUUGUAAUAACGAAGAAAGCAGAGCCAGACAACUUUCUUACGAAAAAGCAAUCACGUCAAGCCCCGCUCAGAGUCUCCAGGAAAUGAAGAAGGCCACCAGCAUUGUGGCAACCGUUCCUUGCACAAGGCAGCAGGAUAAACCUGUAUGCUACUCCGAAUCCAGCAGGCCUUUCAGCUGCAACCGAGAUGAGGAAAUGGAACACUCAUCAACUGCUGCUUGCCACCAACAACCAAAGCCAGCUUCGAAAGAGAGGGCAACUUUUGUGCGAAGGCGAAUACUCCCAACAAGGACAAGAUCUAAGCAAUCCGACUUUGAAGAGCUGGCGGCUUUCCAGAGAUACUUCUCAUCACGUUACUGUCGCAACACAGAACCCCAUUAUCAGAAGGCAGUCCCGAACCGUGGGAGAAACUCGAUAUCCAAUGGGAUUCUUUCGAAGGAACCACCUUCAGGCCAACGGACAUCUUCUCUGAUCGAUGAGGAAAACACAUGCGGAGAAGCUGAUUUUGGAAGGCUCCUGCAGAGCGGCUCUACUACAGAAAAGAAGAAGUCUCACAUUGAAGGUCAGUUUGACGAUGCACCCGAUGAUUCCGAUGAUUGA